GGCAGAGGCAGCUUACAACCAGUGCCAGAACCUGCAGGGCUGACCUCCUUCCACCACAGGCUGGAUCCCGGGAGACAGGCGGCGCUUGCAGGUUGGGGUGGGCCAAGCCGCUUUCCCAGUCUCCGGAAUACUUAAAGCGGAGGGGCUCAGAACUUGACGCCGAUCCCGGGUUUGGAGGGAGCGACUUCGGGGAUCCAAGCCGGAGGCAGUGCAGCCGCGGAUCGGGAGCCACCAUGUCUUCGAUGAAAGUCUGCAUCAUCGGAUCCGGGAAUUGGGGAUCUGCCAUUGCAAAAAUCAUUGGCCAAAAUAUCCAGAAAUCCCUGAAAUUUGACCCCAUUGUAAAGAUAUGGGUAUUUGAAGAGGUAAUCAAUGGACAAAAACUCACAGAGAUAAUUAACCAAGAUCAUGAAAAUGUGAAGUACCUUCCAGGGCAUAAACUACCUCCAAAUGUGGUUGCUGUAGCAGACCCAGCAGAAACAGUAAAUGGGGCAGAUAUUAUAAUAUUUGUUAUACCUCAUCAGUUCAUUCCUAAAACCUGUCAGCAGAUUGCUGGCCAUAUAAAAGGAGGAGCCAUUGGAAUUUCACUCAUCAAGGGUAUAGAUGAAGGCCCUAAAGGACUGAAACUCAUAUCUGAUAUCAUUCGAGAGAAACUGAAGAUAGAAGUCAGUGUGCUCAUGGGAGCCAACAUUGCUAAUGAAGUGGCAGAUGAAAUGUUCUGUGAAACAACCAUUGGUUGCAAAAAUCCUGAAAGUGGGAAGAUCUUUAAGGAAUUACUGCAAACCCCAAAUUUCAGAAUUACUGUGGUGGAGGAUUGUGACACCGUGGAGCUCUGUGGAGCCUUAAAAAAUAUCGUGGCAGUAGGGGCCGGUUUUUGUGAUGGGUUGGGCCAAGGUGACAAUACCAAGGCAGCUGUGAUUCGUCUGGGCCUAAUGGAAAUGGUUGCCUUUGCUAAACUCUUCUGCAAAGGCACUGUAUCAAUAAAUACAUUUCUGGAAAGUUGUGGUGUUGCCGAUCUGAUUACCACUUGCUACGGGGGACGCAACAGGAAGGUGGCUGAAGCUUUUGCACUUACCGGAAAAACGAUUGAACAGCUUGAAAAAGAAAUGCUGAAUGGACAAAAACUACAAGGGCCUCAAACGUCAGCUGAAGUCUACAAAAUCCUGAAGCAAAAGAAAAUGGUUGACAAGUUUCCAUUAUUUGUAAAUGUCUACCUGAUCUGCUAUGAAGGAAAGUCUGUCAAAGAUUUCAUCACUUGUUUGCAGAAUCAUCCAGAACACAUGUAAGAUGGUGUUGUGACUCUCCAAUUAAGUAUCCCUCUGCACAAUGAUCCUGUCAAUUCAAUCAUGAUGAAUAAAAGCAAGCAAAACGAGAUAAUUUGUACCCAAUGUUCACUGCCUAGCACCUUUACAGAAAAAUAAAACUCUU